CUCAAGUGGGAUACCUCCCCACUUGGGCCGAAAUGGAUUCCAUAGCAAUCUAUCCCGAGGGCAUCCGCCCCCAGCGUUUUGCCUGGCUCUUCCAUAACCACUCGCGCCGCGCAGGCCCUGAUGCGCUCGGAUGCUGCGCGCUCAGGUGAUCCCGUUGCUGCUGUUCGUGACCUGCGGCGGCUUCGUCAUGCCCCACACGCGGUCGCCAGCCGCUCUUCAUAUCCGUCGUUGUCGUGCCUCUCAACGCGGCCUGCGUCGCUGUCGGGAUGGUGAACUCGUCCAUCUUCAGCUCGCUCUUCUUCUUCGCGAUGAUCGACGGGCACUACCAAGCCCCCCUAGGCAGCUCAUCCCCCUUGGCGUGUGCACGAGCGACGAGCUGUCGCAGGUUGCACGCUACAUCCAGGUACUCCGCGAGCGAGCUGCGCCAGUUCUGCAUCCUGCUGACGGCGAAGGCGCUGGUGCCGACCAUCACGUUCCACGGGCUGGCGCGGGACCCCUUCCACCACCUGCUCAUGAUGCGCCGCUUCGCCGAGGUGCUGGAGUUGUACCUGCACCCGCUCUGCUACAUGGCGCUGGGCCCCUUCCUCGGCUCGUCGCUGGCUCUCCUGAUCUCGUCCUGCAUGCUGCUGCCGCCGGUGGCUCCCGCCUGCGUGAUGCUGGUGAUGAGCCUGGCGAUGGCCCACGUCCUCAACUCGCUCUGCUACUUGCCGCUGGGCCACUUCCUCGGCUCGUCGCUGGCGCUCCUGUACUUGAUGUGCAUGCCGCUGCCGCUGGUGGUGGCCGUCAUCGUGAUGAACUUGUCCUGCAUGCCGCUGCCGCUGGUGGCGCCCGUCGUCUUGAUGCUGGUGAUGCUCUCGCUGCUCUCCGUCCCCUUGUCCGCGAAUGGCACCGUGUCUUUCGGCGACUGACACUACUCCAGAACAGGCCCUUCUUCCGCUGCUUCGACGCGUGGCACGACUUCGUGUUCGACACCUCCUUGUCCUCGGAUAGCGACCAGCCCAACGAGGACUCUUUGGAACUCGGAGUUGCUGCCGCUGGUGGCGAACAAGUGCAUGACGUCGCUGCUGCGGGUGGCGAUCCUCCUGCUGCCCGCUGUGUAGUGUGGAACCUGCCUGGAGCACACCUGCAUGACAAUCCUCAAGAACACUCGCAUGAAGUACACCUGCAUGCCGUUCACCUGCACGGGGUACAUCUGCAUGAAGACGCUCGCCGCGAUCCUCCCGAAGACGAUCGACAUGACUGGGCGGUCCCUGGCGUUGAGUACCUUCGCCGAUCCGCCCUUCUUCAACUCCGCUGCUGCUGCACGGCUCAUGCUGAUCUGGCAGAUCGUCUGGUGGAUCCCGAAGAAGGCCUGCGUGUUGCUGCUCGUGCCGUCCCGCCGCCUGGAGUGCCUUACGCUGUACCCCACAAGCAAGCUCUUCCUGCCGCUGCCGCUGGUGGCGAACGACCCCGCCAGGCCGACCUCUCCACGCCCCCCGUCGAUGUGAUUGCGACGACGCUGAGUAAGCUGGAGGAGGCCGCCCGUGUCUGUCCCGAAGAAGCCCUGCAUGAUCCUGUUCGUGCCGUCCCGCCGCCUGGAGUGGCCGACGCUGCCCCCCACGAACAUGCUCUUCCUGCCGCUGCUGCUGGUGGCGAAGGACCCCGCCAGCCCGUCCUCUCCAUGCCCCCCGUCGACGUGACCGCGACGACGAUGAGUAGGCUUGAGGAGCCCGCCUGUGAAUCGCCCAUCCCCAAGUACAGGCCAACCACCGUCCUAGCCGAUCUGCGCUGUGCUAGACGGACGAGUUCGCC